AUGACACGAUCUGUCUUUCUCAUUGGUCCUGGAUUCAUUGGAGGAGAAGUCUUAGACUACCUUCUGCAGGAGAAUUACAAGGUCACCACGCUGAUACGCCGACAAUCAGCUGUUGCGGAUUACGCCAAGCUGGGUGUCGAAACCGUUAUUGGCAGUCUCGAUGAUGACACCAUCAGGAAGCAAGUCGUUGUUAGUGACAUUGUUUUCCAUACGGCGACUGCAGACCACCUGCCCUCAGUUCAAGCCGUGCUUGAAGGAAUCAGAGAGCGGGAUUCCAAAGGCCUAGAAACGAUAUACAUUCACACCAGUGGUGCCAGCCUACUGGCUGACACAGCGGCUGGUAACUACAAGAGCAAUGUCAUCUUUGAUGAUGAGAACCCUGCCCAAAUUGAUGCACUUCCGGACUCUGCGCCCCACCGCUUGAUCGAUCUAGCCAUUGUUCGCGCCAGAAAAGAAUUGGCGAACUCCAAGAUGGCUAUCAUGAUUCCACCCGUAAUCUAUGGUAUCAGCAGUCGCGAAAAGCGUACAUCAAUCCAACUACCCACAAUUGCCCGUUACUCUCUAAAGCACGGGUACGCUGGUCAGAUCGGAAAGGGACUUGCAAUCUGGAAUCAGGUCCAUGUCAAGGAUCUGGCACGCGGAUAUAUGACACUUCUCCAUUGGCUCGAAACUACUUCCACGAGUGAAGUUGUUCCAAAUCCCUACUUCUUUUGUGAAAAUGGCGAAGAGCUCUCUUGGGGUGAAUGCUCUCAUGAGAUUGGCCGCAUUCUCAAGGAGAUCGGCCGCCUCGAUAAUGCGGAACCCAAGACGAUUCCUCCCGAAAACUAUGGCGACAUUUUUGCGGACUACACGGAGACUGUUGCUGGGUCAAACUCUCGGAACCGUGCAAGUCGACUCCGGAAGCUUGGAUGGAAGCCAUCUGAGAAGAACACGUUUGCUUCUCUAGCUGAAGAUGAGAUCCCAGCAAUCGUCAAAGAAACCGGCGAGUUUAGUGGCUAUGCCAAGCCCGUGGCUUCAUAA